GUCGGCUCUGAUGCCGCAAUCGGGUACCGGUGACAGGAACUAUUCGCGGCAUAUGAUCAGUUAUUAUUAUUAUUAUUAUUGCGUUGCAAUAAUUUUUCUUGCCGGCUCACUAGGGAAUUUAUUUUUCUACGGCUCACAAACGGCACCAAUUUAUCUAUCUGUACAUUACAUAUCCGCUGCGGGAAAUUCAACAUCCAUAACGUAGAGCUUGGAAGAGUCGACGGUUCUUUAUGUUUUAAAAAGGCUCAGAGGGUUUUGCAAUCCGGUGAUCCGGUUCUCAGGACAAAGCUCUCCCAACUGAAGAUUAUUUGUUGUUCAAGCCGGGAUUGCAGGCUGGCCCCCCAUAUUUUGAGACGAGACUACUCGCGCUAACUACUUGAAACUAACCAUCGCUGCCAUCAGAGUAGUGGGGAGGCCAUUAACCGAGGAGCUGCCUCGGAACCCUGGCGUUUCUAUCAGUCCUAUAACUAACCUAUACCUAGCCCAAGGGAUACUACGCUGCAUUAAGUAGUAGUAAUAAUGUGAGUGAUGAAUAAAAAGAACGCUUCACGGAUGCUUAAACGUGCCGAAGACAGGAUGGGUCUGGUUUGCCCACGGACAUAAUGGAAAAUGCUCCGUCUAACUAAAAACCGACCUGCGAAAUACAGGGAAGGUUUGGCAACUUCACGAGCACGAUUGCAGUUUGGCCGAGCCGAUGGACGCCGACUCGAAAUAGACGCCGCCCCUAGGUACCCUCCCCACAUGACACGUUUUUCUCCCGCCUGCGCUUCUCUUCGUCUUCUUUCUCUCUGUUUUCCUCUUCCUCUCCUUCUUCCCCUUCUUCUUCUCCAGCUUCCAACCACGACAGCCGGCAUUGAGGAACCAUUUCAGUCUUGCCUUCCGCUUCUUUAUCUUUGUCUGCGUCUUCGGACAUAACUUUGGUGGGAUGGUCUUCACACCUCCAAAAUGGGUUGGGCCAGCCCCGAACAUCCCAGAUAGCACCCCGAUUUCUGAGUUCAUGCUUACUGAACGCCAUGGCCGCUAUCCAUUGCGAGACUCUUAUGAUCCCUUCGUUUGUGGCCUGAGCGGAAAGUCCUACUCUGCCCCGGAAGUUGUAGAGCGCGUGGAUGUUCUCGCGCGCUCCUUGUGCAAGGAACUUGGCUGGCGUCCGAAUGAAGGGCCAGAGAGCAACCGGGUGGCUUGUAUCUUCAGUGUGAACACGAUCGACUACCUGACUCUCUGCUGGGCCAUCCAUCGAUGCUCCGGCGUUGCUUCUCCUGCGAAUGCGACCUAUUCUGCCCCUGAACUCACCCACCAACUCAAGGACAGCGGAUCGAAGUCCAUUUUCACAUGCGUCGUAACUCUUCCCAUUGCUCUAGAGGCUGCAUCCAAUGUUGGCAUCCCCAAAAGCCGCAUUUAUCUUCUUGAUCUGCCGCCUCAGCUUUUAGGUGGUGGGAAUAAGCCAGACGGAUUCAAAACGGUGGACCAGCUCAUUAAAGAAGGUCACUCAUUACCAGAGGUGGAGAAGCUUAACUGGCAGCCAGGGCAGGGUGCAAAGCAAACUGCGUUCCUUUGCUACUCUUCAGGAACCUCCGGAUUGCCGAAAGGCGUAAUGAUAUCUCAUAGAAAUGUGAUCGCCAAUACGUUGCAAAUUAAGGCGUAUGAGUCGCGACAUCGCGACAGCUUGAAAGCCCCUGGAGCCCGAUUGGACCCCAAAGAUGUGGCUCUAGGCCUUCUGCCCCAAAGCCAUAUAUAUUCGCUGGUGGUUAUUUGUCAUGCUGGCCCUUACCGUGGCGAUAAAGUGGUCGUCCUCCCGAAAUUUGAAUUUAACGUAUACCUCAAUGCUAUUGAAAAGCAUCGAAUCUCAACCCUCUACCUGGUUCCUCCGAUCAUUAUCCUUAUGUUGCGAAAUAAAGUGGAAUGCGACAGGAGUGGCCUCGAUUCUGUUACUACGAUCUUCACUGGAGCUGCUCCACUUGGCGCUGAAACGGCAGAAGAGGUUGGAGUGUGGAAACCUUCCUGGAAGAUUAAACAGGGCUAUGGCCUCACUGAGACAUGCACUGUCGUAUCCAGCACGAGCAACGACGAUAUCUUCCCCGGCUCCUCUGGGUCAUUGCUUCCAGGCGUCGAAGUACGCCUUGUAUCUCCCGAUGGCAAGGAGAUAACCGGCUAUGACCAGCCAGGCGAGCUCGUCGUUCGCUCUCCAUCUGUCACGAUCGGUUACUUGAACAAUGAAAAGGCGACCAAGGAAACGUAUAGGGACGGCUGGAUGUAUACGGGCGAUGAAGCCGUUUUUCGCCUCUCGCCCCGUGGUAACGAGCACGUCUUUAUUGUCGACCGCAUAAAGGAACUCAUUAAAGUGAAGGGUCUACAAGUCGCCCCGGCUGAGCUGGAAUCACAUCUCCUCUCCCAUCCAGCUGUUGCCGAUUGCUCCGUAAUCCCCGUCCCAGACUAUGCGGCAGGAGAGCUACCAAAGGCAUUCGUUGUCAAAUCUCCUGCUGCGGGUACUGAUGAUGUGGCUACCAUCAGAUCAAUUCAGAAGUAUGUCGAAGACCACAAAGCACGCCAUAAAUGGCUGAAGGGAGGUGUAGAGUUUAUCGAUGUUAUACCCAAAAGCCCUAGCGGGAAGAUUCUGAGGCGGUUAUUGAGGGACAGGGAAAAGGAGGCGAGGCGGAAGGCUGGAGUGAAAUUGUAAACCUAUUUUGCUUCCUGGCUUUCUUCUUUGUUUGCCCUAUUGUCUAUAUAAGGGCUAGGUACCAGAUCUUCUGGAAGGGCGCCUGGAACUAUAUAUGCUACAUGAUAUUAUAUUUAAACUGUAUAACGAUUAUAAACCCGCAAUUUUAGAUAUUUUUAUACUUCAUUGACACAACCGAGUAAAUCACUGGGAGGCAUUGGAUUAGCAAUUCCUGUGUGUAUGCAAUGUAAUGUGCUCCAUACAUCAUAGAAGAAUUAACCCUGAUAAUAGCCCCCAU